UUGACAAGUUCUUUUAAUGCUAGCCAACAGACGCGUGACAGUAGCUUAUUGUCAUUUUGAUGAACAGAUGUUGCAAUAAUGGCAGCGGAGGAGAAGAAAUCAGAAACGGGAGCAGUUAAAAUACAUUCAACUCCCUCUUCCUCUGCAAGUGGGACAAAGACGGCACCCGCAAAACCAAACUACUCCCUGAAGUUUACUCUAGCUGGUCAUACAAAAGCUAUAUCCUCUGUCAAAUUCAGUCCUAACGGAGAAUGGUUGGCCAGUUCUUCGGCCGAUAAACUCAUCAAAAUAUGGGGAGCUUACGAUGGGAAGUUUGAGAAAAGUCUUGCUGGACACAAACUGGGAAUAUCUGAUGUUGCCUGGUCCACUGACUCUAAUCUUUUAGUAUCUGCAUCUGAUGAUAAAACCCUGAAGAUCUGGGACAUGAAUUCAGGAAAAUGUCUGAAAACUCUGAAAGGCCACAGUAACUACGUGUUCUGCUGUAACUUCAACCCUCAGUCCAACCUGGUCGUGUCUGGAUCGUUUGAUGAAAGUGUGCGGAUAUGGGAUGUGAAAACUGGGAAGUGUUUGAAAACCCUGCCAGCCCACUCUGACCCAGUAUCUGCCGUUCAUUUUAACAGAGAUGGUUCUUUGAUAGUCUCUAGCAGUUAUGAUGGUCUCUGCCGUAUGUGGGACACAGCCUCCGGACAGUGCCUGAAAACUCUGAUCGAUGACGAUAACCCACCUGUGUCUUUUGUGAAAUUUUCUCCAAACGGGAAAUACAUCCUGGCCGCAACGCUUGACAACACGUUGAAACUUUGGGACUACAGCAAGGGAAAAUGCCUGAAAACAUACACCGGCCAUAAGAAUGAGAAGUACUGCAUUUUCGCCAAUUUCUCCGUCACUGGUGGCAAGUGGAUCGUGUCGGGCUCUGAAGAUAACAUGGUGUACAUCUGGAACCUGCAGACAAAGGAAAUCGUACAGAAACUCCAGGGUCACACAGAUGUGGUCAUCUCCACCGCUUGUCAUCCCACCGAGAACAUCAUAGCAUCCGCAGCUCUAGAAAACGACAAAACCAUCAAACUGUGGAAGAGCGACUGCUGAGGAGGAACAGAGGUCGGACGCGUUCGCUCGUCGUCAGUUUGGUCGGACGGGGAAUGACACUACGUCAACGGGAAACGAUGCGGCGCGGUUUUCAGUUAUUUCAUUUUAGUCGAUUAAUUCAGUUGAUUUCAGUUAUGAUGGAUCUGAACCCAGUUGGCCGUUUUGAACAAGAUCGUAAGAUUGGACAGUGAGGAGGACUGUUAGGUUGUAUUGCACAUGUCUGAGGUGUGUGUGUGUGUGUGUGUGUGUGUUGAGAACGUGGGUAACAUGCAGUAAUAUUUGAGAGAUGGGCUGGCCUAUUCUACUCAGAAAACGAAUUAUCCUCAUUCCUAAUCCCUUAACAUCUGGAAAAAAUAAUUUAUUCCUGUUUAACAAGCAGCAUAUUUCUUAAAUGAUGUGUGAAUAUUAUUUGUGUGUGUGUGUGUGUAUUUUGUUGUCUAAUCAGUUUACUGUUUAGUUAGAGAAAAGAAACCCAGGUGAACAGAGAGAUGUACCAAUACAAAGUCUACUUGCUUUCCAUGGGGCCUUGUUUAAAAGGUUGUCUAGGAACUGAUUAGCUUUACAUGUUGGAGUCGAUGCGACAAUCAGUCCAUGUUGAUUUGUUUCCGAUAUGUUUUUGCAUACUUACUUUGUUUCGGUGAUGGAGCUGGUUAAACUUUUAAGCUUUUUUCUGUCAAAUAAUUUUCUGUAUUUCUUGUUUGCUACUUUAAUGACUUACUCUUGGAAAAAAAAAUUACACUGAAAUAUUGAGCCCUUUUACCUUCUGGAUCAGAAAUGGUAUUUCUGUUUUGUCGUAUGGAUUCAAAUAUCCAGCCAUUGUGCUUUGAAAAAAUACACAGUUUUUCAUUUAUUGAUGAUUUUUGUGGCUCCUGUAGUUGAAACCGAAGCAGAAAUGCCAUCUGAUGUUUUGUACAUUGCGAGACAGAGCGCGGCCUUACCGCAGUGAGAAAACAGUCUUCUUGUCUUCACAGUGGUCUACUGCAUUUGAUCCUGCACUGAAAACCAGUUAGUUUUGUUGCUGUUAGUCGUGUGGUUAUUAUUACAAUACGUCAAGACUAAUGAAAUGACUCCCUUUUGACUCCUUCUUAAAUCAU